AUGAGUCUCUUUCUUUCAUCAACGACAGGAUUUCUUAUUUCAAUCAGCCGUGGUGGCAUCGAAUACCCGUGGAGCUCGUGGCAUACACUUGUACCGCUGCUCAUUUGUACUGCUGGCCUUUUAGCGCUUGCUGCACACCAGGAGUAUGUGGCAAAGAACCCCUUCAUUCGUACAAGUGUUUUCAAGAACCGAUCUGCAGCGAUCGUUCUCACGCUGACGGUACUAUACGGUCUCAUUCUCUCAGCAGUUCUCUUCUACCUACCAUUGUAUUUCGAGGCAGUGAAGGGUAUGUCACCUGUCAUGGCUGGGGUGGCCAUUUUUCCUUGGACCUUGACUCUUGCUCCAUGUGCUAUGAUUACUGGUAUCGUUAUAUCGAAAACAGGAAAAUACAUAUGGGCUAAUUGGUUGGGAUGGUGCUUCUCGGUAGCUGGUAUGAGCCUUCUCGUCUUACUCAGGGCCGAUACUUCAUCUGCAGUAUGGGUCUCGAUCAGCCUUAUUGGUGGUAUUGGGAUGGGUACCCUUUAUCCAGCAAUGAUGAUUGGUGUUCAGGCAUCUACAUCGGUGGAAAAUCAGGCUUUUGCAACCAAUAUGUUCACAUUCUUGAGAGCUCUUGGUCAGACCUUUGGGGUAACAAUCGGCGGCAUCAUCUUUCAAAGCAUGUUAGAAAAGAAGAUGUUGUCAAUACCGCUCCUAUCCGACAGAGCUAAGGAGUACUCUAAGGAUGCAGUUGGAUUGGUUCAGAUUAUCAAAGCAAUGCCGGAUAAUGAGAUGAAGGUGCAGCUGAAGGAAAGUUUCGUCUACGCACUCAUGCACAUCUGGGUUGUAGUGGCAGUAUUCUCAGGGAUCGCGCUCAUUGCAAGCCUAUUCAUGAAAGGCUAUGAGAUAAGCAGUCCGCGUGAGACGGAUCAGAGCACUGAGUGA